UUGCAUGUCCCCAACUGUUUAGGUUUUGAUGAAGAAGAAGCAAGCGUCUCCCUCCGCCAUGAUAUCACCACGGCGUCGCAAAGCCUCGGAGGAGGAUCGUCAAACCAUCCGUCGCCGACGCAGCUCACGACUCAGCGCUGACGAAUUAUUAUCGAACAUCACAAUCGAUCUCGUCAUCGAGAUAUUCUCGAGGCUGCCGCUCAAGUCCAUCGCGAGGUGCCGUUGCGUAUCGAAGCAAUGGGCCUCCGCACUACGCCGUCCUGAUUUCACGGAGUUGUUCUUCACCAAAUCUUCGGCUCGCCCUCAGCUAUUGUUUGCCCGAGAAAAAGAGAAAGAUGUGCGCUUCUUCACCGCACUUCAGCCUCAAAAUUUGGGUGAGAAUGUGUCUAUUAUGGCCGCCGAUCAUCAUGUGAGUUUCCCCGAUAGGCACCUUUAUCAUAUAUCUUGUCUUCUCAAUGGCCUUGUUUGUAUAAGGGAUGAACGGUUCUUCAAGAGAAGUACAGCCCUAGAACUUGUGUUGGUGAUAUAUAAUCUUAGCACGAGACAAUCCUUCACUCUACCUAAAAUAAAGACGGGCAGUUCGGUGGUGUUGAGAAGCUUUUUAGGGUAUGACCCCAUUGAAAAGCAACACAAGGUGUUGGCUGUGAUUGAUAAGCAGCAUCGUGUUCUCACAUUAGGAACUGGGAACCUGACAUGGAGAGUGGCUGAAUGUGGCAUACCACAUUUUUCUUCGAGGCCAGACUCUGUUUGCAUCAAUGGUGUUUUGUAUUACGCUGCUGGUGUUUCCGUUGGUAAAAUGAUAGCUUGCUUUGAUGUCAGAUCUGAAAAGUACAGUUUUGUUAAAUUAAUGGAAAGAGAGAUGUUUCCUGCAACUCUGAUAAACUUCCAAGGUAAAUUGGCUUCAGUAAGGUCGUCAAUUCUUAGUGAAAAAAGUACAGGUUUUAAUAUGUGGAUUCUAGAAGACCUUGAGAAACACGAAUGGUCCAAACGUAUUUUCAAUUUACCUCCUACGUGGAAGAAGGAAGUAGCUGGAGAGAAGUACUUAUACUUUGUUGGGGUGACUGCUACAAAUGAAUUUGUUUUUGCGCCGCUCUAUCCAUCCGAUCCUUUCCAUGUGUACUACUACAAGUUCGUCAAGGAAGCUGUAAAAAGAGUUGAAAUACAGGGAAUGGGAACUUUUGAGUUCGUUCGCAUAUUUCUGAACCAUGUUGAGGACGUGAAGCUUAUGGAAUGAUUUUAGGACUUUGUAGCGCAUGCUGGCUGGCUCUUAAGUUCUUGUCUUUGUAGAUCAUGUGGUCUUAAUUAGAACCCUCAUCUUUCAACUGCUUUUGUGUUUUUUUUUGCUAUAAUUUUCAGUUAUCGGAAUGAAUAUUCUCUGUUGU